AUGCUUAUAGAGCUCACCUCCCACGGCUUCGCGGACCAGGCGGGGCAGUUUGACCCCCUCACUCAAUACAUUCCUGUCGUCUACUUUCGGCAAAGCGUCUAUGUUGAUUUCGUGCCACCACUUCUAUUUCAACCAGAGACAAAGAGGUUCGUAGAGACGACAGCAACCUUUCGGCCAAUGUGCGCUACCCACGAGGACGAACUUUCUGUAGCAUACAAUGAGUUCAUAUACGUUAUUAUAAACGCUGUCCAGCCCCCAAAGAAGGCAAAGCGGCCUGCAGAUGACGUCUCCUAUCCCGAGCUAAGUUUGAUUCCGUGCUUCGCAUAUGCAGAGAUAGCAUUGCGGGACAUAAUGGAUUCCAGUCAUCUAAUUGACAACAGCACGGAGUUACCCGAUCAUACCUAUUCUGUAUCCAAUGAGGUCAUUCCACUAGUGUUCACCAGCACAUUUUCCACCGGAUUGACAGCGACCCUCAAAGUGACCGUUAAGGUAUCUAUUCCAAACCCAGAUUAUCACAACCUACACAAGAUUGCUCCAGUUUUGAGUGGAGUGGAGUUCAUCGGAAGCUUUUCCAAUCUGGGUAAGAUCACGCAGUCAACACUUCCAGCUUUCGGGUGGUCUCUUUCUCUCUAUUUGCCAGGGCUGCAUGACACUCCUCUUGCCACAAUCCACAAUGGUUACUUAGACAGGGUGGAGAAGGAUGUUAGACAGCCAACAAAGAUACAGACUGUUGAGGACGUAGUUUGUCUGUCUUCAUCUCAAAGAUACCAAAUCGUCUUCCCUGAAUUUCAGCUUCUAUUCGACCAGAGUUCUAUUGUCUCGGGUAUGAAGGUUGUCUCCCAGCUGUCUGGAUCUGGAGAAAAGGUCGGCGCCAAGAACCCAGUGGACCCUCAAUCCAUUGCGAACACAGUGUUAGGAUUGCUUGCAGAUUGCUAUCAUAUGGGGGUGCCCACUUCUAGUCUUAUUAAAAGAGACAGCUCAUCAAAAAAGCCAGCAGAGACCGGAAAGCAAGACACGGCCCAGUCUGCUACCUAUGGCGGAGUAACAUUUAACGACACUUACAACGCCCUUCACGAGCUUUUACAGGCUACCUAUACUAAUGCGCUGUUGGUCCAUUAUGACACGGUGGCCAAGGAGGUUGCUGCUCUCGAUGAAUCCUCUGCUGGGAUGGUUGGUAAAGGAGCAGGGGCAAAGCAGCAGAAGGCCGGACACCCCAGUCUGGACCCAAAGAAUCAGGUAAAACAAGUUACAAUACUUGUAGAGAACGGGGUUGAAUUCCUUCGAUUCCCUCUUUUCUAUGCUAAGAGACAUAACACACAACAAGUCUUCUAUCUAUCUGGGAAGGCCCUCCAGCAAAUGCGCUCAGUCGUACUGUCUGGGUCGGAUAGCUGUUGUCGUCUUAUGCUGCGAUUGGAAGCGUUACCGGAUGGCACUUUACUCAACUGUUUGAUUGACGGGAGCGCACCAGGACGGACCUCCAUAGGGGGGCAACCAGACUCUGGAUUUGACCUUUCGCCAGAAGACCUUGCUUGCGAGGCCUGCAUAGACAUGCAGGCACACAUUAUGGAUCGCACCUCACCGCAGUCUGCACGACUCUCUGAAGUGCCAGAAUCCGACACCGAUGGCGUCCCACUACACAAGCAGCAGAUUAUCGUCCCUUUCUCCGCUGAACCCUUUGUUUAUACAGAAGGUACUGCUGCACUCAUUGCAGAGCAGAUUACCUCCAUGCGGUCUCAAUUGGAGGGACUUCCCACAGGCGUGAUCUCUAAAGCAGAUAUAGCAGGGAUCCAGAGUAAGCUUAACUCUAACUUCGGCAUUAUCGUUCAUCCUAUCGUCACAAAUGUUGCACGUCCCUUGGGCCAUAUGGACAUUGGCUCCCUUCCGAUAAUUUUGGAUCACAGCACAAUCCUCUCUAAGUUACGAACAAGGGUGAUACCUCUCAGCGAUCUAUUACUUCGCCUCCAAAAUGGGCAUAAUAGCGUAGAUAAAUAUAUGAUUACCACCUCUGACUUUAUGAAGAGGUUGUUCAUUGACAGUGCCCUUCCUCCAGCUCAGGACGCGGAUAUAGAUGAUUAUGCGCUUAUUUGUCGCUUUAAAGAGUGCAUGCGCAAGGUCUUCCUGGAUAAAUCUACCCAUGGGAGCUCUGCAGAGGUGAUCAACACGUGCAAUCAAACUUUAAAUGCGAAUAGCAGAAGCAAAAGCGUCGACAAGUCGGGGGUGGACAGACAAAAGCCGUUUGCUGCAAUCGACCUUCUCCUUACCAAGCAUGUGCGAGAGUUCAAAGACUCAUACGUGAAGACGACUGGGAAGGCCAUGCCCAUCGCGCAGCUACACCACAAGCUCAUGUGCGCGGCUAAGGAGGCAUACACAGAAGCCAAGCAGAAGCAGCGCAAGCCAGAGGAGCUCCUGGAAUACGGAGAUGCUCUUCUCUACAGCAAGGCGCGGCACGAGGCCGCCAGAGCCAUAGAGCUCUACUCUGCUGCACUUGUCCGCGAGAGGCAGCGCCGACGUCGAGGCGAGCAUACCAUGCUCAUUGAGCGUGCAGUAGAAGGGCUCCUACGAGCAUUCAUUUGCACAAGAAACAAAGCAGGCGUCUCCCGUAGUCUCCUGCGUGUGUUCAGUAUACCCCUUCUGCAUGAUGCUGCAGGAAGAACAGACACAAUUAUGCUUUCGCGACUUGUACUUCUUACUUGUCACGAACUCAUUUCAUCAGGCGAAGAUGAAUACCUUGCACUGUCGUUACUGUACUGUGCAAACGACCUUUUUGAUUUUGAGUUUAGGCCAGCUACACCUAACGACAGGCGGCAGAUAUUAGAGCGCAUCCUGCUAAAAGUUACAUGCAUGGAUUUGUUCAGAGUCUUGAACUUUUCGGCAGAGUAUAACGAACUCAAGUCACUUUUGAUCGGCACCGUUAGGAGAGCGUGCCUUGAAGUUGAGGACUCCACAGGCAAUGCAUCUUUCUAUACCGGUGUAACUCUUUUGAAUCUCCCCCUUGGCGCUCACGAUAAAUGUUCACGAAACUACGUACCUGACGAGUACAUUAUGAUCGCCCUUCGUCUUGCUCUGGCAGAGUAUUUGCUGUUGGAGGGGUCUGUGCCAGCUGCACAAAAAUGUUUAGCACAGCUUGAUAUCUCCACCAGCUUGCUUCCUGAGCAGUAUUCUUCUAUGACUACCAAGAGAGUAAUCAUUUUGGCGCGAUGCGCAAUCUUAGAAGGUAGACUGGGAGACGCAAAGUCACUGCUUCUUCGGGAUACAUUUUUGGUGACGAAGGGGAGUGGGGACUUCAACCCGUACGUCCUCUUUCAGGAUAUGCUUGGAAGUGCUGAUGAUAUAGCCACAUCCUAUCUAGACCUCCUGGAUCAAUCCCUGGAUAUCAAUGCUCCAGGCUUAUUAGGGAAUCUUGCUUUAAUUGGAGCAUCUACACACACAGUCCCGGUUAUCUUUUCUAUCAUAAACAAAAACUUGCCAAGGUUUGCAGUCGCACACGCAAUUCAGGGAGACUUCAAUAGUGUUGUUCCAUUACCUUCGUGGUCUACAUCCAUCACCGCGUCCACCAAGUCCCACUCUCACUCUAAAACAGGAACCACUAAUCAACAAUCUACCUCCAAUGAAGCUAUCCUCAGCGUUAUCCCAGAGAGCAGUACGGUUAGCACUACGCUCCUUAAUGACAUUAGAGCCCUCACUUUUACGUCUAUCAUUUUUAAUUCUCGCGUGAGCCUGGACAUGCUCCUGCAGGCGCAUGCCAUGUACAGAUCUAUAGAGACUCCCGUGGUGUAUUAUGGCGGGCUUCUCGAUUGUCCCGUGCUAACUGGGUUUAGCCUCUACGACGACAUAUACAUGUGUCGCAUUAUCUUAAGCCUCUGUGCAAGGCAUGUACCGGUUCAGGAUUGCAUUCCAUUCAUCGUUCCAUUUGAAAAGCCAUCCGAAGACGAGUUUGCAGUAGCUGCCAAGGUCUUUGAAAGUAUUAAGCGGAACCUUGACGAGGAAGACGCGGAUCAGUACCACAACCCACUGGAGUUCCAAACACUUAAACCAGUAAGCCCCUCAUCUACUAGCUCCAACCUCACCUCCUCAAUCUCAGGGUCUUUCACAACAGACUACCUUGGGAUUGCAUUACCCCAGACCGCACGUGGUGUAUCGCAAUUGGUUGAGUCUAUAGGUUCUAGACUAAUCAGCUUUUCAGCAUCCACCAUCUCUACUAACUAUUUUUCAUCGGAGCUUCUGGGAACGAUGGGGAUAAUAAUGCUCUAUGCGGGGAAGCAAGACCAUCUGAAAGCAUUGACGAGGGCUGUGGAAUUAGAUGCCUUCAACUUUCCCUCGUGGUGUGGUCUUGCUCUCUCUCUUUCCAGUAUGCUUGCAAGCCAUGUGGAUGGAAGGGUACAUAAAUUCUCUUUGGAGCAGAUACGCGAUAAAAUAGUGGAGUGCACCGGACGAAUGCUUGACAUUGCUGCAGCAAUGAGCAUUGUGCCAUUUAAUUACGCAUUCAUUGCCAUUGCCCAAAGCCUCCUGGACACAAUGGCAGAGGACACGACAAUCUUAAGUCAGACAGCAUUAAAGCUUUUAGAUAAGGUGCGCUCUGACGUCCCUCUGAUUCCGUUCUGCAUCGACACCUCUAAGACAUUUCCAACGUAUUUCCUUGCCGGGGCUUCUCUGCACACAUCCUGGUUUAUCAAUCGUCUCAAGGCUUUAGCAUAUGUCAGCUGCGGAACGCUUGUAGAUGUGGCAGAUGCCUACUUGGCCUCACUGAAGGGAAUUGGAGGGGUUCUCCCCGGCCGUUCAAUAGCAGAAAUAGCCGAGCGGGUUCUGCUAAUGGCAGAGACGUCAUAUAGUUAUGAAGUAUGUAAUCGCAUCAAGGAUGCAGAGGACGUGAUGAACAACGGGCUUACGCGCUUGAAGUAG